AUGGCUUUCGAGAAGGCUUCACUGUCAUCGACGCCUCCGACUACCCACAACGAACGGAUCCAUGACGAGCACGAGCACCAGCACCAGCACCAGCACCAGCACCAGCACCAGCAUCCAGACCCGUACCGGCGGACGACCGUGCCAGGCCAGCCGGCGUAUGCAGAGCAUGGGCCUCUAGUGGACCACAAGAUCCCGCAAGCAGACUUUGUUCAGUCAGAGCCAGAUCUGCUCUGGAGCAGAGUCCGGCAUUUCUGUCGAGAGCCUUUCUCGGAGUUCUUCGGCGUCUUUAUCCUCAUCUUGUUCGGGGACGGCGUGGUCGCGCAGGUUGUCCUCAGCGGUGGCUUGAAGGGUGACUAUCAAUCGAUCUCUUGGGGUUGGGGCCUAGGAGUAAUGCUCGGCGUAUACUCCAGCGGCAUAUCAGGCGCUCACCUAAACCCCGCCGUCACGUUCGCCAAUUGCGUCUAUCGGAAGUUUCCAUGGCGCAAGUUUCCCAUCUACAUGGUAGCCCAGACCCUAGGGGCCAUGUGUGCAUCCGGAGUCGUGUAUGCCAACUACAAAUCAGCCAUUGACGUUUUCGAGGGAGGGCCCAAUAUUCGCACUGUGCCUGGAUACUCGGGCACCGCCACUGCCGGCAUCUUCUGCACAUAUCCGGCCGACUUUAUGACCAAAACGGGCCAGUUCUUCUCCGAGUUCAUCGCGAGUUGUAUUCUCAUGUUCCUGAUCUAUGCCUUGAAAGACGACGGCAAUCUUGGAGCCGGGAACCUCACUCCUCUGGGUCUGUUCUUCGUCAUCUUUGGUAUCGGCGCCUGCUUUGGCUGGGAAACUGGCUACGCGAUCAAUUUCGCGCGAGAUUUCGGUCCAAGGUUGAUGUCGUAUAUGCUGGGAUACGGGCCGCACGUGUGGACGGCCGGCGAUUAUUACUUUUGGGUUCCAAUGGUCGCUCCGUUCUUCGGUUGCACGUUCGGCGGCUGGUUAUACGACAUGUUCCUCUUCACCGGCGAAUCGCCCAUCAACACCGAAUGCGUCGGUCUGGCUCGCCUGCUGAAAUGGAACAAGAAGACUUGGUCCAAUACGCACAACUCUGAGGUCUGA